CCCAUCCACCCCUUCAUCAGGCGCUCGGUUGGCGUGGUGGAGAAAUACUUCGAGGAGUACGCGCUGCUGGGGCAGGACAUCCUGGGCAGCCCCGAGAAAUGGGACAAGGUGCUGGCACUCAUCCCGGAGGAGCACCGGGAGCCGCUGCAGGCCGAGUUCCCCAAGAAGAAGGACUCUGUGCAGCGCUGGGAGCUGCUGCGGGCCCGGCUGGAGCGGCUGCGGGGCGGCCGGGCCGCGGCCCUGGGGCCCAGCUACGCCGACUGGGAGGUGAUGCUGCAAUUCUGCUUCCCCCGCCUCGACAUCAACGUCAGCAAAGGCCUCGGCCACCUCCUCAAGAGCCCCUUCAGCGUCCACCCCAAAACAGGCCGCAUUUCGGUGCCGCUGGACCUGCAGAGUCUGGACCAGUUUGACCCGUUUGCCGUCCCCACCAUCACAUCCCUGUGCCAGGAGCUGGACACGGCCGGCAGCGACGGGGAGCAGGAGGAGGUCGGGGAGACGGAGCCGAAACGCCGAGCGAGGGACUAUAGGAAGACAAGCCUGGCCCCUUACGUGAGGGUCUUCGAGCAGUUCGUGGAGGGGAUGGAAAGCGCCCGGCGGGGAGAGCGGAUCCGUCGGAGCGAUCUGCAAGGAGAUUUCUGAGGCCUUGACGCUGAGGGAUCCACUGCCAGUGUCACGUCUUGUCAUUGUCACCUCUGCUGGCCAUGGGGAUCCCGGUGCCUCGGAGCAGCCAAACCUCACGGCCUCCCUGCCCCUUCCCCAGUUUUUGUACUUUUUGUACUGUUUUCUACGCAAAUACCAUUAAAUGUUUCUGGUCACCCGUG